AUGUCUAAAUUGUCUGAAGAGGUGUAUAAUUCAAACCUACGAUCUAGUACUAAAACACCUGGAUCUGUUCAGAGAGUUGGUGUUUCUGGUUCUCAACCAAGCUCUCGAUUCAAACCUUCUGAUUCCUCAACUGGAGCUACCAACAAAUUCUCUGUUUCCAAGUCUGAGGUUCUCAACUAUAAAAUUCUUUGCAAGCUGGCUUCUUCACAGUUCCAGAGCGAGGAUGCUGUUAAUCUUUCUGGUGUUCGUUGUACUUUCUGGUCUCUUGGUGAAUCCCUUAAGCCUGAUGGCUUAGUCAAGACCUUUGUUGUAUCUGCCUUUUGCUACAGUUUGUUUCAAAAACCCAAUGGUCAUCCAGAUGUUUCGAAGAGGCAUUACAUCUUUGCUAACAUUGGUGAGAAUCUUUUGAAAGAUUUUGAUGAUGCUGAUCAGAAUGUUUUGGCUCGUGCUUUCAAAAGAUCAUCAAAAGCUAGACCUCUAAACCAUUCUAAUGCGCUCUUUUUCCCAACCUGCUUUGAGGAUCACUGGUUUGUCUUUGUUGUUGAUAUUAAAGACAGGAAAUUUGUGAUUCUUGAUUCUUACUACAAGGAGAAUGAUGAAUUUCAAGAAAUUGUUCGUGAACGCAUGAUAUCUUCUUUUGAGCAUCAUUGGGAAAAAUAUGUGCAAGUUGAAAUGGGAUUCCAAGAUUUUGAUACCAUUUAUCCAGCAGUCCCUGAACAACCUCUUGAUAACACUACUGAUUCAGGAAUUUAUGCUAUGAUGUUCAUCGAAAAUUGGAUAUCUCCAAGAUCCAUGCUUACAUCUGUCUUUUCUUCUACCGACAUCCCCAAUAUCCGAAUCAAGAUUGCAAAUGAUCUAGUUUUCCAGCCCAAAAACUCAGGAAUGAAACAACGUGUUAUUGAGUUUAAGCAGCAGGAUCUGUAAUUGCAUUGCCAAUUUCUGAUCCAGAUUUCUACAAUAGUUAUAGUUCCAAUACUGUUUGAAAACCUACAGCAUAGCAAGCAGUCUGCAAAAUACUGUUUCUUACAACCAUCAAGUAGCACCAUCAGACCAUUUUGCCUAUUAGUCAUAUAUGAUGUAAUAGGAUAGAUAAAUAACAGUUUGUCUACUGUCUAUUACAUUUUAUUCCAGAAUUCUGUAGUACAUAAAAUAUCUUCUUUUCACUCUCAGAUCAUGUCUUGUCU